AUGUCGGACAAAGGGAGUUCUCUCGCAUAUCGCAGGAGCGUUGAAUCGUUUAGCGCCAGCUUGUCUGAGAUGAGCGUUGAUCCUGACUACACUCCCGACUACAGUGUGGGCAUGAGGGCCGAAGUCCAGCAGCUGUAUCGGUCUGACGAUAGAUCGCCUUGGAACGAGUCUAUUCCAGAAAAGACCACCGCGGAUGUCGAGGCAGGCUCCUACUCUCAAGAGUGUGCUGUUAUCGUACGCCGUGAACCUCAUCCGAUCACACAUCAAGUCUCGCUACAUUCCAUCACCGUCCAGAGCCCUUUGAUCAAGAAGGUGCUUGAGAGGACAUUCCGGGGUCUUGAGGGUCUCAACACUCAACUUAAACAAUUGACCUUCAAGGCUCCUUUCCAUUCAUUCUACUACCGAUGGCAUCUUUUCGAGAAGCUUCGCGAGGACGAGCAGGAUCAAGAAACCAAAGCUCACCUUGACAUUUUGUACCCCAUCUUAAAGGAAGAAAUCAUGCCAUACAUCGAGACCAUGAAGGACCUGACCAAAAACAAGGUGAUCAGUUUCGAUUACCUUUGGACCAUUUUUUCUCCCGGCAUGGAAGUAUACACUAGACUCGAUGGCCAAGAUCGUCUCAUGGAACUGACGGAUAGUCGGUACGGAGCCAAUAUGGGCGGAGAGUUCUUUGCUCUGGAAUUUCGAUAUAUCGACUGUGAUGGGUCGAGCUUUGGCUAUGUGCCCGGCUCGGUUGACAUCGCCAAAUUUGAAGGCGUAAAGAAGCUCGUCGAUCUCGAUGCGUUCCCCAGUCAUCUCCACCCCGAUGUUGAGAACCUUGUUGAUCGACUCCACUCACGCGGCGAGAAAUUUGAGCAGCUCAAUGGCUUCUACCACAUGUCGUACUCCGGCUUCUACACUGCCAGGUCCUCUAGGCAGAUUCGGAAACGCCAUGUGGAAAAUAGCCGUAUCAUCAUCGACCCGCACACCUUCAACAUUUACGGUACACCCGGACCUGGACUUGGGCUGAUCGAGUCCGAUUCUGACUCGCAUGCGGACUCAACCGAGGAAGAAUUACUCGCUAGUACUCACAAUGUGAUAUACAAAGCCACCAGCAAUACAUUCCGGGAGUACCAGAACGCCCUGAGGAAAUAUGAGACGAAUUCGAAAGACGAUAAGUCAGGUAGAUAUAAAACACUGAGUCCUAAACAACGCUUGCUCUGUACUCCGGUCGUACGUGGAUACUGUCUGGCUUUUAAAACAUGGGCUGAGUUCUAUGUUGAGAAUGUUUGCUCAAUACGCUGGAGUGACAAAGCCUUUCCUAGGCUUGUUCUUCCUCAUGGAUACAAGGAGAUCAUCCGUGCCUUUGUUCAAGAGCAAUUGUCUCGAGAUGAUGAGUUCGAUGAUAUCGUUUACGGAAAAGGUCUGGGCUUCAUCAUGUUGCUAAGCGGAGAACCCGGUGUGGGAAAAACUUUGACUGCGGAAUCCGUUGCCGAGGAGAUGCGUCAGCCAUUAUACCUAAUGAGUGCAAGUGAACUAGGAGAGACGGCUACUGAGGUGGAAGAAGCGCUCGAACAAGUUCUAGAGCUGACCACUAAGUGGAAUGCUAUUUUGCUUCUCGAUGAAUGUGACAUGUUCCUCGAGGCUCGCUCAACCGCCGACAUACGGCGUAAUCGUCUCGUCUCUAUCUUCCUGAGGCAACUUGAAUAUUAUAAGGGUGUUAUGUUCCUCACCAGCAACCGUAUCAGCGACUUCGACCCUGCAUUCGAGUCACGAAUCCACCUGACCAUCCACUAUCCGGCCCUGGAUAUUCCGAGUCGACUCCAUGUAUGGAAGACUUUUGUUCAAAUGGGAGAAGUGGAGAGUUUGUUGAAUGACAAGGACCUCGAAACUUUAGCAAAGAUCGAGCUUAAUGGGAGAGAGAUAAAAAACAUCAUAAAGACAGCCCGCUUGUUAUCAAAGCAGGAAAAGGCCCCGUUGGCGAUGCAACAUGUUGAGAUGGUGCUGAAGGUCAAGAAAGGAUCUUUUGAUUAA